AAGGCAAAGGCAAGGCGGAGCAGGGAAGGGAGCGGAAGGCGGGCGGGAGGCGGCGGCGGCGCCGCGCUCGCCCCGCUGCCCUGGAUGACGGGCGGCCGGUUCGACUUCGACGAUGGCGGCACCUACUGCGGCGGCUGGGAGGACGGGAAAGCCCACGGGCACGGCAUUUGCACCGGGCCCAAGGGGCAGGGCGAGUAUGCCGGCUCCUGGUCCCACGGCUUCGAGGUGGCGGGCGGCUACACCUGGCCCAGCGGCAACACCUACUUGGGCUACUGGGCGCAGGGCAAGCGCCACGGGCUGGGCGUGGAGACGAAGGGCAGGUGGAUGUACCGCGGCGAGUGGUCCCACGGCUUCAAGGGGCGCUACGGGGUGCGGCAGAGCCUCAGCACGCCGGCCCGCUACGAGGGCACCUGGAGCAACGGGCUGCAGGACGGAUACGGCGUGGAGACCUACGGGGACGGAGGUACCUACCAGGGGCAGUGGACAGGAGGGAUGAGACAUGGAUAUGGUGUACGUCAGAGUGUACCCUAUGGCAUGGCCACUGUGAUCCGUUCACCUCUCCGAACAUCUCUGGCGUCACUUCGAAGUGAGCAGAGCAAUGGCACUGUUCUGCAUGAUGUCACUUCAGACAGUCCAGCUGGAACAAGAGGAGGAUUUGUGCUCAAUUUUCACAGUGAUGCAGAAGCCAUGGGCAUUAAGAAAAAAGGAGGCUUAUUCAGAAGAGGAUCCCUUCUCGGUAGUAUAAAACUUAGAAAAUCGGAAUCUAGGUCAUCGAUAUCUAGCAAACGGAGCUCUGUCAGGAGCGAUGCUGCUAUGAGCAGAAUUAGUUCUAGUGAUGCCAACUCUACGAUUAGUUUUGGAGAUGGUGACUGUGAUUAUAGCCCUCUGGAAGACCAUGUUGAUGCUACCACUACAGAAGCCUAUAUGGGCGAAUGGAAGAAUGACAAGCGCAGCGGUUUUGGUAUUAGUGAGCGUUCAAAUGGUAUGAAAUACGAAGGAGAGUGGCUGAAUAACAGGAGGCAUGGAUAUGGAUGUACCAUGUUUCCAGAUGGCACCAAAGAAGAGGGAAAGUACAAAAAUAACAUUUUGGUCCGUGGAAUAAGAAAGCAACUUAUACCAAUACGAAACACAAAAACUAGAGAAAAGGUGGAUAGAGCAAUAGAAGGUGCACAGCGAGCAGCUGCCAUGGCAAGAACCAAAGUGGAAAUUGCAACCUCAAGAACCGCACAUGCAAGAGCUAAAGCUGAUGCUGCGGAUCAGGCUGCUCAGGCUGCUCGCCAGGAGUGUGAUAUUGCAAGAGCAGUUGCCAGAGAACUUUCACCAAAUUUCUACCAACCAGGCCCUGAUUAUAUCAAACAAAAAUUUCAGGAAGGAAUGGAUGGAAAAGAAAAAUCUGAAGAAAAAGGUCAGGAGAAACCACCCACCCCAAAAGAAUCACCUCACUUUUAUCGAAAAGGUACUACACCCCCUCGAACCCCAGAAGCAAGCCCAAGAAACAGUCCUUCUCUUUCUUCUGAGACUUCUCCUUCAAAACAGCUGAAAACGCAAAGCUCCACUUCUGGGGCAAGACUCAGUCAAGAAAAAAAGCUUUUAUCCACUGAGAAUAUAACACCCACAACUAACAAGCCUUUAUAUUCAAAAGCACCAGUGAAGGAGGAAGUAGCUGGGAAACACCAGCCAAAGUUUUCAGCCCAGCACAAUCCCAGCAACACAGAGAAUGGGGAGCUGCAUGGUCACUACCAUGGCUAUUAUGUAAAAGUGAAUCCAGCAGCACUUCCACAGGAGCUCAGGGAAGAAGAUGAAUAUACCAACCCUUCACCAUCAGCACUUGCACGGAUGCCACCCUCUCAGAAGCCAAGUCCUGCUAGGUCUGGGGGUAAGCCAGAUGCCAAAGAAAACAAGCCUGACAUAAAAAUUAAGAAACCAGAAUUUGCUGCACCAAAGAACCCAGCUAAUAAUGAGUCACAUUCAGCAAUGGAGAAGGAAGUAGGAAACAGCUCGGGCCCUAACUCAGUCAUGAUCGCCCUGGUAAUGCUGUUGAAUAUUGGUUUAGCCAUUCUUUUUGUCCAUUUUCUAACUUGAUUGGAAUUAGGAAAGCUAUGCCUGAAUGUGAUUCAACAUAGUUAUUUAAUAUUGUAACUGUUUUGACCCUUCAGUGAAGUCAUGACAACUAGUGGUGUUAGCCCACAGUUCUCUGCAGUUGUGUCAUCAGCCUUUUAAAUGGCACCUGUCAGACACAGGGAAGGAGGCUUGGAAUUAGGAUGGGACGCAAGAGAGAUGAAACUUGGAAAAUUCAGCCAGGGGCCCAGAUCAGUUUCUCUGCUGGUGGCUCGUGGCUUUGGGGUCCUCUGAAAGCUGAAGCAAGCAGCCAUGUUGGAAAACAAACAAAAUAAUCUGCUGAAGCAGCCCCGCCAGUGAAGUGCGUUGGCUUGUCCAUCUGUUCCAGCAGAGUGUGACUAAACUGGAAAUGUACGGAGCUGCACUUUUUGUUGAUGGAAGUUAACAGCUGCCUUACUAUUUUACCGUCUGAUGUUUUUAGUGGGGAGAUGGGAAAACGACUGCCAGAGGAAUGUGGUCAGAGGAUUCUGUUGCUGUGGAAGUGAUUCCAGCGUUCACUCCUAUCUCAUUAGAAGAAAUAGUUAGCAACAUCAGUCACCAGUCUUAUUCCAUUACCUGCUGCUUUUAACAUCUCCUGCAGUGCUCUGGGAGAUCGAAUUUCAUUUGCCUGUGCAUGGUUCUGUUCAUUUGUUGUUUAUGAAAUUUGAUGUAUAGCCAUAAGUAGUGUUUAGUCCAACCUGGAGAAAGCAACCAAUUCUGCCUAGCAGCAGAAGCAGAAAAUCAAAUAUCUUUUCCUAGUCCAGGGAUAAAAUGCUUAAAUUCUUUUCUUAAACCUGAAGAGUCAUUUUGCAUUAAGGUUCAGUAAAUAAUACGCCAUUAUUGCAACAAAACUCAAAGAUAUUGCUAUCUUUCUUAGAAUGCUCAAAUACAUAUGCCAAUACCAAGCAAAAUUUUCAUGAUAAAAAAAAUAAAAGAAUCUUAUAUUGGUAUAAGCAAAUUCUAAACAGGAGAGAAAAUACCAAAAUAAGCCAAGAAAGGUGAGAUACAGGGUUUGCAUGUUGACAUUUUUUUUCUUUUUUUCUUAAUUCUGGUGCUGUGGUAAUUGGUGAUUUGAAUUAUUAUGUUGCAACACUGAGGUAUUUUGACAGCAGUUAAAGUCUUGUCUGGGUGCAUAUGAAUGCCAAUGACAGUUAAGCUAGCUCAUGCUCUUAAUAAAUCAUAACUUUAAGAUGCUAGAUUUGUGUUGAAUACAUUCAGGUAGAGCAUUCAAAAAUGUUAAGUGUUUUAUCAAUUUGAUGCCUUCAGUGUAUUUAAAGUCUAUUUAUAAUUUUACCUCAGCAUUAAAAAAGCCUCAAAUUUUUUCAUUUGGAAAGUUUGUCUUAAGUAGUUUCAUAGCCCUUUGUUCAAAUGAUGUGAUCACGUUUCUUUUUAUGUGCCAUUAUACUGUAAUUAUUGUACCCUAUAUUAAUCAAAUGCAUGCUUAUUUAUUGAAGAUAUGUGGUGUGACAAGCAAAAAUUUUAAUUUAAAGCUGCAAAAAGCAAAGGGCUUGUAUUACAGUUUAUUUUAUCUCUAUUAGAAAAUCUUUCAUACAGUAUAGAUUUUGAACCUCUUUGUAAACUUUCUAAGUUUUUGCAUGGUUUAAUGGGCAACAUUCUUAAAAAAUACAUUAGCUAUUUUUUGAUGCAGCAUAGUAAAGUACCAUAGGUAUGGACUGAAUAUUGUGCAGCGAAGCAGCUCCGAGCAGGGCAGUAACACCAUGGUGUUUUUUACAGAAGUAUGUUGAGAAUCCUGUGUUUUGACCAGUGUGGAUAAAGAAGAAAGCAGAAAGAGAGCAAAUGAAAAUAAAACUUGUAUAUUUAUUAAAAAAAAAAAAAAUAAAAGAAAAAAAAAGGAAAAAAGUUUAAAUUGUGUUUUAAAUUUAGGAAAGUAAUUUUUAAAUAAGAACAAAAUUUUAAAAGUUACUGUGUAAGCCUUGAAUUAAUGGAUGAAAUGUUCCAUCCCACUGUUAAAUGACCCCCUGUCUCCUUACACGGAGAGGUAAUUUUGUAACUGAAAUAUUUAAUUCCUAUUAAAUGUUUAUUUAAAAUACUUUAUGCUCUGGAAAUAAUGGGUAACAAAGCUUAUGAAAAAUGUUUAUAAAUUUAAGUAAGCAUGGUAGUACCAUUUAUAAAUAUGUAUGAUUUAUAAGCUUUUUUAAAACAAAGCUCAAACAAAUUGUUGGUAUUUUUCUAAAAUGUGCACAGUUGUAUUUUACAUGAAAGGCUAUUUAUAAUUGGUUGUUAUACUGUACACUACAUUUUGGACAGCACAACAAAGCCUGCCAAUGUACUUAAAAAUGUCAUUUUGUCUAUUUAAAGUUUCUUGCUGUCAAAGAAUGAACUCUUUAUCUAUGAGUUUCUCUAUUUAUAAUUCUUGACCCAAAAUGUACAAUGUACAGUUUUCACAACUGUAUUUGCUCUAAUAAAAAUAAGUUGAUUAUUAAUAGAGUUUCAGACUACUUCUUCCCUGUUUAUGUAUUACUUUGUUCACUCUUUGGAAGCAAUUUUUUGUAACUAAUCAAAUAAACAGGAGUGAAGCAGGAAAAUGGGUGAAAUUCUAGUCCCUUUGAAAUAAUUGUGAGUUACUGUUUUCAACAAAAGUGAUUCUGGGAAACAAUUAAAAAUAAAUUUUAAAAAAAGGUCAAGCUUCCCUUUGUGUCUUCUUUUGUCUUCGAUACAGGAUUUUGUGUUUCCGUAAAUUUAGUAUCUUAAAUUACGCUCCCACUACAAGAUGGUUUGAUCAAUUUUGUUUUAAUUGGUGAAUGAC